AUUCUGGGGCAGGGCAGCUCAGACUGACCCUAUUUAAAGCCUGAAACGAGGGAGUGUGAGUCUGAGUUUGUUGAUCCAGUAUUAGCAGUCUGAACAGCUACCAGCACUUCCAAUAUUAACGACAGCUGCAGCUCUCUCUCUCUCUCUCUCUCUCCCUCUCUCUCUCUCUCUCUCUCCAGCACAAAGCAUGCCUGUAGUGAGACAGCCUCUCACUGUGCUGCUGCUUUCCCUUCUGCUCCCCCUGUGCUGGGCCAGGGCCACCAGACCAGCCCAGGACUGCCCCUCCUGCCAGGGCCCUGGUGCUGUGCCAGGGAAGGCGGCUGUGGAAGGAACCAGGACGAUGGGGGAAUCCUGCGGGGUCUACUCCUCUGGCUGUGCCCCUGGGCUGCGCUGCGUGCCCCGUUUUGGGGAGGGGAGCCCUCUGCAAGCCCUGUUACAGGGGCGAGGAGUCUGCACCAGGGUGUCUUCACCAGGGAAAGACGACUAUGCCACCCAACCACAGCCAGGUGGAAACCUGCCCCAUAAUAACCACACGCUGCUGAACACCAGCGCGGAGGAAGGGACUGUCGAAAAGGCUCCCUGCGGGCAGCAUUUGGAGGCUGUUAUGCAGGCGCACAAACUGACCGUAAUCCGUCAUGCAAAAGACAUGUACAUACCCAACUGCGACCCAAGAGGAUUCUACAGAAAAAAGCAGUGCAGGUCCUCAAAAGGCAUGCGGAGGGGUGUGUGCUGGUGCGUCAAUGAAUCUGGACACCCGCUCCCCGGACAGAGCAGAGGAGAGGCUUCCCUGAAGUGUGAUGGAGAGUGAGGGAGGAGGAGAUGAGCGGGACACUCGCAUUCUCUCUGCAUUGCACAUCUCAAUGUUCUUUCACUAGGAGAGCUAGGAGCCUGUACUGUCACGAUCUCGACUAUCUUCCUAAAAAAUAGAACAGUAAUAGGGUAAUAAUAAUACCAAAUGUUUAUUCUUAAUUUAUUCUCGAAUCAAAUAUAUAUAAUGUUCUUUUUUUUAUGAUGUUGUUAUUGUUAUUUUUAUUAUUACAAAUAUCUUCGUGUAAUGGCUUCCAGGAGAUUCAAACACAAUAUAUAUAUAAAAUAAGUUGGUACCUUUAAAAAAAAGUAAUAAUCCUGACCACUAAAAAUAACAUACCGAUGGAGCCCGCGUGGCGACACAAAUCUCUUGGGUUGCACUUUGCUUUUUCUGCUAUAGGUGGCGCUGUGGCACAAGUGCGUGCCUAAAACAGCAUGCACAGUACAGUUCAGCAGACUCCAAUUCAUAGCUCUUAAUCACUUCAAAGGGGCGCAUUUAGAAUAUAACAAAUGGAACUGGGAGUCUCUGUCCAUGUCUUCAUUGAGUAUUUCUACAGUAGCGUCUAAUUUAAAUGAGCUGAACCCCUAUUGAGAUAAAUGAUUGAGCUCAGAGUACGGAUCGUGUGGACCCCACUAAAAUGCAUCCUCUUCUGUUUUAUCACUUUAUCCAGAAAUCAUCCCUUUGAAUAAUAAUAUAAAAAUACAGAGAUAACUGUACAUGCUUUACAUACCAGGGGUGGCAAUAAGACUCCUAUUGCAUAGCAGUUUCACGCAUUCCAGGUUUUCAUAGGAGCUCGAUUAGCCACGAGUCUAUAGGUAAAGAGCUCGGGUGUGUCUUAUUAAACUCAGCGUGAAAACAGGAGUGGAUCCAACUGCUAUGCAAUGGGAGUCAAUCCCAGAUGUGGUAGAAUUAGAAGCAGCCGGGUGUUCUCUGGCUGUAUAAGCCGAGCCCUUUACUGGUUACAAUGAGAGUCUAUUGUAUCUGAAUCUUAAAAUAAAAUUGUGUUUAAAUGAUUAUA